UGUUGUAACGUUGCCCACAGUGCUUCUUCUAUUAUCACUACCAGUCACUACUUUUGUAUCGUGGAGAUGAUGCUCUCCAAGUUUCUGGGCCUAAUGGCCCUGGUCUCAUCCUCCGAGCUCCCAGACGAUGAGUGCUCCGACAAUGGUGAUGGCAGCUGCGCCUUGAACGCGCUGCAGCUUCGAGGAAUGUCGAUGUCAUCAGAUCUCUCCAAUAGCUCGGAAGAAGGAAGCAAAUGUGCCCCCUUGAGCGAUCCGUCCAAUUCGGUUUGCGCGCCGGUGGUGAGAUGGGCCUCGAGGGGAGGGCAAUACGAUCCCCAUGCGAAUGAUUGGUUUGAGGACAUGCAGGACAUUUCAGGCGUCGACUUUCACCACGCCAGCCUGGGCGAUUGGCAGAAAUUGUAUUUCUGCGCCCCACCCGGGGGAAAGCAGUGCGGCACCCCGCCGUGCCAGUGCUCCAAUCCGCCCUGUGACGUCUGCUACAACGGCAACGGUGGUGGUGCCUCUGCAACAAAAGGGUGUGGAGCAGAUCCCGACAGCAUCAGCUGCAAGCCUCCAAAGAAGGCUCUAGACUACAACGGAAAGGCCUGGGAUCCAAUGAGUGUGCCAGGCUAUGGUCCCUUCCACGUUUUUGCCAUUGGCGAUUGGGGAGGCAUGGAUGGGACUCUGCGCACCAUCGAGGGGCGCCCUGAACUCAUCGCCUAUCCCCAGGGCGUGAAGUCUGGACCCAGCGUCUUCCCGCGCACGCGUUGGAACAAGGCACAUACGAAGGAGCUCUGUGACCACAAGCAGUUCGUGGCCUGCUACACCACCAUGGGGAGGCUGUGUGAUCCUGGAUGUGGCUUCGUCAAGGGCAUUGAUGAUCAACCACAGAUCUUGGUGGCCAAAUCUUUGAAGAUGCGUGCUGCCAAGAUGGAUCCGGCCUUUAUUUUAAACGUGGGCGACAAUUUCUACUGGGGUGGGAUUGAGAAGACUUGCGGCACCCCAAUGAACGAGCUGUCCUACACCGCGCACCAUCAGUUCAACCAGAUUUUUGAAGGAGUUUACAACGGCAAGGGGUUGGAUGGCAAGGUCUGGCUGAGCGUCUUGGGCAACCACGACUGGGGAGGCCGUGUUUUUAACAACGGCUGGGACCAGCAGAUUGCCUACACCUGGAAAUCCAAUCGCUGGCGCCUUCCUGCGGCCUACUGGAGCCAGCAUGUCGACUUCCCGGAUGCCGGCUUCUCCAUGGACAUCUUCAUGGUGGAUUCCAACGCCAUGGACGCCAAGGACUUAGACAAGGACUCGGAGCACAACAUCUGCGGUGAGGAGCACAACCCGCCGGGCGCCACCUGCGCCUCCGCAGGUGGCCCCACGGACUUGGGCUCCUGCAAGCAGUGGUUCUGGGACCUCUGGGCAGCCAACAAGGCUUGGCUGGCCGAAGGGCUCAGCAAGUCCAAGGCAGACUGGCAGGUGGCAGUGACCCACUUCCCCUGUGGCCACGAAUCCGGCUUCUAUGUGAGUAUGCACCAACAGUACGGCUUGGACCUGCUGGUCACCGGACAUCGACACGAUCAGGAGCUCUGGAGUCCCAACAGGUUGGGCGGCCUCACAUGCUUCGUGACGGGUGGUGGCGGUGGUAUCUCAUCAGAGGCCACCCCAAAUAUCCACAACAAGAGAGAUUGGUAUGGAGAAGCCCAGUAUGGAUUCUACGAUUUGUUGGUGUCGAAGAACACCAUCUCCAUCACCUCCAUCAACUGGAACGGCUACGAGAUCAUGACGCGCAAGGUCUACCCCAAGUGAGCCGCUGCUUGUGUCCAUGACGCUCAACCUUCUGUCUUGCUACAGCCAAAGGGCUGCUGCUAGCUAGUGCAUAUCAAUUUUGAAUCCUUGUAGUCUUGCUGUCAAGACGAUACGCCUUCCUAGUAUACAAAA